AUGACAUUGUUCCAAUGUAGAUAUAGGCCAAUUUGGUAAAUCAGGUUGGUGCAAGUGUUAUUGAGUCUGCUAUCUGGUGUCAGAAAAAAGUAGGCCCUAUGUGUCAUAAAAGCUGGAUAUCUGGGGAUAUGGGUAACCACCAUCAACAUUUCAGGGUUAGACCUUAUUUGGGUAUCUGAUGCCAGUAUUCUCCAAUGUUACCUUGGUGCUAUUCUUCUAGGUUAUAUUUGUUUAUAGGUGGUUGUAUAUUAAAGUAGAUGAGUGGCCCUUCUCUCCAGGGAGGCCAAGUUUAUGUUGUUGAAAGUUGAAGGUCUACUUCUUCCCUGGUGAAAUGAUUUAUGACAUGUGAUACAUCUGCGGUUUCAGUUACUGCUCCAUCAAUCAAUGAUUUAUACGUCAAUUAACAGGCUUACAAAGUUACUUGUCAAAAUUCAAUGACGUGGCUAUCAUAGGAGAAAGAUCAAAUGACUUCCUUCCUUCCUUCCUUCUCACUAGGACAUGGUCUAGAAAUCCUACAACAGGUGUUUUCCAGCCACCCACAAGCCUCCUUAAUGUCCUCUGUACGCCCUGUGAAGAAUGGAAAGCAUGUAGUCCUGUAGCAUUACAUUUACAUUUGACAUUUUAGUAAUUUAGCAGACGAUCUUAUCCAGAGCGACUUACAGUAGUGAGUGCAUACAUUUUCAUGUUUGCAGACUGGAACAGAUAACCUAAGAUGGCUCUACCGUAAAAAGGAGAGGCAUCCACCCACACCCCUUCACAGACCAAUCACACUCUCCCUCCUGCUGCUGUGGAGGGGCUUGGUGUUCAUGUAAACCCAUAGGGGAGGGAUCCACAUGCUCAACGUGAGUGGAAUGGUGUGAAAAGCCCUACUCGACUCAGAGGGCAACUUUAGUAUUAUAUGGAAGUGUAAGCCUAUUAGGCUCACUAUUUGGAGCUGAGCCAUAAACAUAUAUGAGUGUAAGCUAUCCUCCAUGUUGGCACCAAAUGUUCCAUAACAAUACUAUUCUAAUUGGUAUUCCAACUAGAAUGUAAUUAUGUUGGAACUUUUGCUGCCAACGUGGCAUGCUCCAAAAGUGGGCGGCAGGUAGCUUAGUGGUUAAGAGCGUUGGGCGAGUAACCGAAAGGUCACUGGUUCGAAUCCCCGAGCUGACUAGGUGAAAAAUCUGUCGAUGUGCCCUUAAGCAAGGCACUUAACCCUAAUUGCUCCCGUAAGUUGCUCUGGAUAAGAGCGUCUGCUAAAUGACUAAAAUGUAAAUGAUGACAAACCAAGCCUUUUUGAGCAUUUGUGAAUCAGUUCCUCUGAAAACUCCUGCAGUUUCAGGCAACACGUUGCAUUAGGCUUUCAAAGCAAUCAUUCCAAGGUGACCAUAGGGGAAUGAAUAACUUGCGUAGUUACCUUGUACCAGGCAGACACCUUUGCAUAAUAUAAAUGCAACAUGUAAAGUCUUGGUCCCAUGUUUCAUGAGCUGAAAUAAAAGAUCCCAGAAAUGUUCCAUAUGCACAAAAACAUAUUUCUCUGAAAUUUUGGCCACAAAUUUGUUUACAUCCCUGUUAGUGAGCAUUUCUCCUUUGCCAAGAUAAUCCAGUCACCUGACAGGUGUGGCAUAUCAAGGAAGAUGAUUAAACAGCAUGAUCAUUACACAGGUGCACCUUGUGCUGGGGACAAUAAAAGGCCACUCUAAAAUGUGCAGUUUUGUCACACAACACAAUGCCACAGAUGUCUCAAGUUUUGAGGGAGUGUGCAAUUGGCAUGCUGACUGCAGGAAUGUCCACCAGAGCUGUUGCCAGAGAAUUGAAUGUUAAUUUCUCUACCAUAAGCCGCCUCCAACAUCAUUUUAGAAAAUUUGGCAGAAUGUCCAACCGGCAUCACAACCUCAGACCACAUGUAACCACGCCAGCCCAGGACCUCCACAGCCAGCUUCUUCACCUGCGGGAUCAUCAGAGACCAGCCACCCGGACAGCUGAUGAAACUGAGGAGUAUUUCUGUCUGUUAUAAAGCUCUUUUGUGGGGAAAAGCUAAUUCUGUUUGACUGGGCCUGGCUCCCCAGUCGGUGGGCCUAUGUGAAAUCCAUAGAUUAUGGCCUAAUGAAUUUAUUUCAUUUAACUGAUUUCCUUAUGUGAACUGCAACUCAGUAAAAUCGUUGAAAUUGUUGUGUUUAUAUUUUUGUUCAGUAUAGAUACAAAAAGUGAAAGAAAAGAGAGAAAGAACUAAACUUUACAAAUUGCUGGUCGUUUUUUCCACUGUAGCUGUAGCUACCUAAGGUAUUGUAAAAUAUGACCAUAAUUUUCCUUUGCCUGCCGGUUGCCAAGGACGCAAGUAAUCGUGGUAGUUUCUCUGAGGUCACUAUUUGUUGACUUGUUAUCCCCUUGCACAUUGGCCCGUCUUAUCCGGGAUCCUUGGGACAUUCCUACCCCAUCUGAAGUGGACAUUUAAAGGGUUAAGGUAGGGGUUAGGGUAAGGAUUUAGGGUAGGGAUGUCCCAAGCAUCCCAGAUAGCACUGACCCUUGCACAUGCCUACUGCUGUUCUUUUACUGGCUUACAGAAGGAGGCCGGCUCUGAUUGGCUCUUCUCACUGUGACACAGCAGGCGCUUAGUAAGGAUUAGCCUAGCUCUUCUAGCCAGUCCCAGAGAGGCACAGGCAGACUAAAGACAGAGUUAUGCAAACUAUGUUUGGGUUGUAGCAUUCUCAUGGGUGCCAUGCUGGUGCACUACACUUUCCAACAUUCUAGAAUGUUGUUGUUUUUGGAACAUUUGGUGCCAAUGUGGAGUAUAGUCUGCCAAACUAUGUAGGCCUACAUCAAGGCCUGUAGCAGGACAGUUGCUGUCUGGGCCCAGGGCCAAGGUUUCACUCUGUAUUCAGAGCCAGGGUGUGUGGAGGAGAGGGCUUGUAUUAGGUUACACCUAGUCAGUAGUGAGAGGGCCCAAACUGGCAUCGUUACAAGGGUAGGGUACCCCUUUACACAUGUUAUGUACAGUACCUUCCAGAGCAGUCGUCUGGAAGAGGCUAUUCCUGAAGGAGACUCAGUCUCUCCCCAGUGGCCUUGCCAGAUAUGAGGCAGCGGUUUCUAGACCCAGGUAGCGUCACUGUCUGUCAGACUUGGAUUUAAAUACUAUUUGAAAUCAUUUCAAAUACUUUACCGGUGUUUGAUUGAAACAGCCUGGCUUAAUGGACUAAUAGAAUAGUCUCAAAACUGUAAACCCAGCCCACCUGGCACUCAAGGCAGGCUGGAGCAAAUGCUUCAACUAUUUGAAAGAUUUAUAGUAUUUGAACCCAGGUCUGCUGUCUGUCUGUAGUUAGGCUACAGGUUGUUGUUGAUGGCUACAGGGUUUCCAUUUCCUUCUCAGAUGAAUCACAGCUUAUAUUUUGGCAGGCUGAUGUGAUGUCCUCUGUGGGGUGAGAGCCAACAUUAAUAGGCGUAUGAUUACAAUUUCUGAAGUUGUGAUCUGAAAAGCAGACACGGCUAUUUAUUUUGUUUACUUAAAAACAAUUGUCGGUUGCUAUAAAGCUUGCAAAAAUGGAUUGACGUUUUUUUCUACCAGAGUACAACUUCUCAAACUAUCUGUGUAUCACAUAGGCUACAGUCAUUUUUACUUGGAAAAAACAUUAAACAAUCUGCUCUCAGUUAAGUGUAGCGUAGCCUAUCCUGUCUAACUGCUCUCUCAUUCUUCUCCUUAGGUGCUGCCGGAGUCUUAGUAGGACACCCUUUUGACACGGUUAAGGUGAGUCUGGUUGUUCUUGUUUUGGCCUGUUUCUUUCUAUUAUAUGAAAAUAAAGCUUGCAGUCACUAAGUUCAACAGUUGCUGCUUGUCUCAAACAACCAUAAAAAGCAGCAAUACAGUAUGGUAAGGUACAUUGAGGACCGUAUUCUCCACACUAUAACAGAUGCUAUUUUGUAUGUAUGGUGCUGAUUUUGUACACAUCCUGCUUGCAUAGGUCUAAUGACUGUAACAGGGACUUUCUUCGUUUCACAGAAAAGGUCUUACUGUGUUAGUAGAUACUUCACAACAGUACAAUGUAGUAAGUACAGCAAAGGUCAAUCCAUCCACCCGUCUCUCUCUGUGACACUUUGACUGUCUUGUUUUUGUUCAACCACAACAAGAAUAGGACCCUUCCUCAUCCCCUAUCAACUUUUUUAUGUCUGAGUUCACCAAGUCGUGUCAGAAAAAUCAUGUUUGUACACUUCAUUGCAGUACAUACACUAUAUAUAUAUAUAUAUACAUAUACAAAAGUAUGGGGACACCACUUCAAAUUAGUGGAUUCGGCUAUUUCAGCCACACCUGUUGCUGACAGGUGUAUAAAAUCGAGCACACCACCAUGCAAUCUCCAUAGACAAACAUUGGCAGUAGAAUGGCAUUACUGAAGGGCUCAGUUUCUUUCAACUUGGAACCAUCAUAGGAUGACAUCUUUCCAACAAGUCAGUUUGUCAAAUUUCUGCCCUGCUAGAGCUGCCCCGGUCAACUGUAAGUACUGUUAUUGUGAAGUGGAAACGUCUAGAAACAACAACGGCUUAGCCGCGAAGUGGUAGGCCACACAAGCUCACAGAAUGGGACCGCUGAAGCGAGUAGCGUGUAAAAAUCGUCUGUCCUGGGUUGCAAACACUCACUACUGAGUUCCAAAAUGACUCUGGAAGCAACGUCAGCACAAUAACUGUUCGUUGGGAACUUCAUGAAAUGGGUUUCCAUGGCCGAGCAGCUGCACACAAGCCUAAGAUCACCAUACGCAAUGUCCAAGCUUCGGCUGGAGUGGUGUAAUGCUCGCCGCCAUUGGACUCUGGAGCAGUGGAAACGCGUUCUCUGGAGUGAUGAAUCACGCUUCACCAUCUGGCAGUCCGAUGGACGAAUGUGGGUUUGGUGGAUGCCAGGAGAACGCUACCUGCCCCAAUGGAUAGUGCCAACUGUAAAGUUUGGUGGAGGAGGAAUAAUGUUCUGGGGCUGUUUUUCAUGGUUCGGGCUAGGCCCCUUAGUUCCAGUGAAGGGAGAUCUUAACACUACAGCAUACAGUGACAUUCUAGAUGAUUCUGUGCUUCCAACUUUGUGGCAACAGUUUGGGGAAGGCCUUUUCCUGUUUCAGCAUGACAAUGCCCCCGUGCACAAAGCGAGGUCCAUACAGAAAUUGUUUUUUGAGAUCGGUAUGGAAGAACUUGACUGGCCUGCACAGAGCCCUGACUUCAACCCCAUCGAACACCUUUGGGAUGAAUUUGAACGGCAACUGUGAGCCAGGCCUAGUCACCCAACAUCAGUGCCUUGCCUCACUAAUGCUCUUGUGGCUGAAUGGAAGCAAGUCCCCGCUGCAAUGUUCCAACAUCUAGUGGAAAGCCUUCCCAGAAGAGUGGAGGAUGUUAUAGCAGCAAAGGGGGGACCAACUCAAUAUUAAUGCACAUGAUUUUGGAAUGAGAUGUUCAACGAGCAGGUGUCCACAUACUUUUGGUAAUGUAGUGUAUAGUUUUGUGUAAUGGUAAGCUAUUCUGUAUUCCCUCAUUUUUGUUCCUAUGUUGUAAUACUGUUGUCAGGAAGUGUUGGUUCGUUAAGGAGGGAUGCUGAUUGGCCGUCCAGGUUAUAUUUGACUUUUGACCUUGACCUGUGUCUGUGUUGCAGGUGAGACUCCAGGUCCAGAAUGUGGACAAGCCUCUCUACCGCGGGACCUACCACUGUUUCCAGUCCAUUGUACGGCAGGAGUCGGUAAGUCCUACCUAAAUCUUUAUAAUUUAGUGGAAGCUGCGUCUCCAAUUGAAAUUUAAACAGGUGAUUAGCUCAUGUUAAGUUGUCAUGUUUGGUAUAUUAUAGUCCUAUAGGCUUCAGAUUUGUUUUAAAACACUCUGGCCAGUCUCCCAUCAACACAACCACAUUGAGGUCUGCUCUGCUUGAGUUAUUUCCAGAGGUUACGGCUCAUUUGGUCUCUUGGCCAAAAGCUGUUGUUUUGGCUUUUGAUGUGGUAUUAAUGAGGUCAGUUUGUCCUAAGCGCUGAUCCUGGACCUGUCUGUGUCAGACGACCUCACCUGUCUUGUCUUGUGACUGAUGUUAUGGGACUGCUAGAAUACUCACAGAGUCCAUGGAGGUGGGAGAGGAGAGGCAGUAGCACAGAGCUCUACAGUGCGACCAUUUUACUUGCAAAUGCGCUAAAAUAUUUUGCUGUGCAACCUGGAAUUUUUAUUCAAGAGCACUUUUUAUUUAAGAGCACUAGUGUGCCUAGAAAAAUGAAGGAUUCUAGCUUUAUUACCUCAAAUAUUUUUAAUUGUGCUCCUAAAUUUCUUUGUGUGCGUUUUUCAACUUAGGCGCACACAUGCUCCUUGUAAGAAAGGUCAGCGUAGAGCCCUGUAGUAAAUAUGGGCUGCGGAAUACGUAUUUUGGUUUGUGUUCUGUUAAUCGAUGCCUUAUAAGGGUUUUAACAAGUUUAUAAAUGAAUUCUACAACAUGCAUUAGUUAGAAUUACAGUACCAGUCAAAAGUUUGGACACACCUACACAUUCAAUGGUUUUUCUUUAUUUUUACUAUUUUCUACAUUAUAGAAUAAUAGUGAAGAUAUCAAAACUAUGUAAUAACACAUAUGGAAUCAUGUGUUAAGCAAAUCAAAAUAUAUUUUAUAUUUGAGAUUCUUCAAAUAGCCACCCUUUGCCUUGAUGACAGCUUUGCACGCUCUGGCAUUCUCUCAACCAGCUUAAUCUGGAAUGCUUUUCCAACAGUCUUGACGGAGUUCCCACAUAUGCUGAGCACUUGUUUGGCGGCUUUUCCUUCACUCUGCCGUCUGACUCAUCCCAAACCAUCUAAAUUGGGUUGAGGUCGGGGGAUUGUGGAGGCCAGGUCAUCUGAUGCAGCACUCCAUCACUCUCCUUCUUGGACAAAUAGCCCUUACACAGCCUGGAGGUGUGUUGGGUCAUUGUCCUGUUGAAAAACAAAUGAUAGUCCCACAAGCCCAAACCAGAUGGGAUGGUGUAUCGCUGCAGAAUGCUGUGGUAGCCAUGCUGGUUAAGUGUGCCUUAAAUUCUAAAUAUAUCACAGACAGUGUCACCAGCAAAGAACCCCCACACCAUAACACCUCCUCCUCCAUGUUUUACAGUGGGAACUACACAUGCAGAGAUCAUCCGUUCACCCACACCGCGUCUCACAAAGACACGGCGGUUGGAACCACAAAUUUGGACUCCAGACCAAAGGACAAAUUUCCAUCUGUCUAAUGUCCAUUGCUUGUGUUUCUUGGCCCAAGCAGGUCUCUUCAUCUUAUUGGUGUCCUUUAGUGGUGGUUUAUUUGCAGCAUUUCAACCAUGCAGCCUAAUUCACACAGUCCCAUCUGAACAGUUGAUGUUGAGAUGUGUCUGUCACUUGAACUCUGUGAAUAAUUUAUUUGGGAUGCAAUUUCUGAGGCUGGUAACUCUAAUGAAUUUAUCCUCUGCAGCAGAGGUAAAUCUGGGUCUUCCAUUCCUGUGGCGGUCCUCAUGAGAGCCCGUUUCAUCAUAGCGCUUGAUGGUUUUUGCGACUGCACUUUCAAAGUCUUUGAAAUAUUCCGUACUGACUGAUCUUCAUGUCUUAAAGUAAUGAUGGACUGUCGUUUCUCUUUGCUUAUUGGAGCUGUUCUUGACAUAAUAUGGACUUGGUCUUUUACCAAAUAGGGCUAUCUUCUGUACACCACCCCUACCAACUGAUUGGCUCAAACGCAUUAAGAAGGAAAGAAAUUCCACAAAUUAACUUUUAAGAAGGCACACCUGUUAAUUGAAAUGCAUUCCAGGUGACUACCUCAUGAAGGUAGUUGAGAGAAUACCAAGAGUGUGCAAAGCUGUCAUCAAGGCAAAGGGUGGCAUAUUUUUAACUAUUUGCACAUCAUUAGAACACUGUACAGUGCCUUGCAAAAGUAUUCAUCGACCUUGGCGUUUUUCCUAUUUUGUUGCAUUACAACCAGUCAUUUAAAUUGAUUUUUAUUUGGAUUUCAUGUAAUGGACAUACACAAAAUAGUCCAAAUUGGUGAAGUGAAAUGAAAAAAUAACUUGUUUCAAAAAAUUUGAACAAAUAAAUAACGGAAAGCGGUGUGUGCAUAUGUAUUCACCCCCUUUGCUAUAAAGCCCCUAAAUAAGAUCUGGUGCAACCAAUUACCUUCAGAAGUCACAUAAUUAGUUAAAUACAGUUCACCUGUGUGCAAUCUAAGUGUCACAUGAUCUCAGUAUAUAUACACCUGUUCUGAAAGACCCCAGUCCGCAACACCACUAAGGAAGGGGCACCACCAAGCAAGCGGCACCAUGAAGACCAAGGAGCUCUCCAAACAGGUCAGGGACAAAGUUGUGGAGAAGUACAGAUCAGUUUUGGGUUAUAAAAAUAUCAGAAACUUUGAACAUCCCACGGAGCACCAUUAAAUCCAUUAUUAAAAAAUGGAAAGAAUAUGGCACCCCAACAAACCUGUCAAGAGAGGGCUGGCCAUCAAAACCCACAGACCUGGCAAGGAGGGCAUUGAUCAGAGAGGCAACAAGGAGACCAAAGAUAACCCUGAAGGAGCUGCAAAGCUCCACAGCGGAGAUUGAUGUAUCUGUCCAUAGGACCACUUUAAGCGAUACACUCCACAGAGCUGGGCUUUACGGAAGAGUGGCCUGAAAAAAACCAUUGCUUAAAGAAAACAAUAAGCAAACACGUUUGGUGUUCGCCAAAAGGCAUGUGGGAGACUCCCCAAACAACAAUGGAACAAUGUACUCUGGUCAGAUUAGACAAAAAUUGAGCUUUUUGGCCAUCAUGAAAACACUAUGUCUGGUGCAAACCCAACACCUCUCAUCACCCCGAGAACACAUCCCACAGUGAGCAUGGUGUGGCAGCAUCAUGCUGUGGGAUGGAAAUGCAAAUGGAGAUAGCAUGCAGUUAUUUCCAGAGGUUACGGCUCAUUUGGUCUCUUGGCCAAAAGCUGUUGUUUUGGCUUUUGAUGUGGUAUUAAUGAGGUCAUUUGUCCUAAGCGCUGAUCCUGGACCUGUCUGUGUCAGACUAGAAUACUCACAGAGUCCAGGAGGGGAGAGAGAGGCAGUAGCACAGAGCUCUACAGUGCGACCAUUUUACUUGCAAAUGCGCUUAACAUAUAGUUGCUGUACUGUGCAACCGGGAAAUUCUCGAGGAGUUCCAGAUUUACAAGAGCACUUUUUAUUUAAGAGCCCUAGGUGUGCCUAGAAAAAAUUAAGGCUUUCAGCUUUAUUAACUCAAACUAUUUUUAAUUGUGAUCCUAAAUUUCUGUGUGUGCGUUUUUCAAUUAGGCGCACACAUGCUCCUUGUAAAAAAAGGUCAACGUAGAGCCCUGUAGUAAAUAUGGGCUGCGGAAUACGUAUUUUGGUUUGUGUUCUGUUAAUCGAUGCCUUAUAAGGGUUUUAACAAGUUUAUAAAUGAAUUCUACAACAUGCAUUGAGUUAGAAUUACAGUACCAGUCAAAAGUUUGGACACACCUACACAUUCAAUGGUUUUUCUUAAUUUUACUAUUUUCUACAUUAUAGAAUAAUAGUGAAGAUAUCAAAACUAUGUAAUAACACAUAUGGAAUCAUGUGUUAAGCAAAUCAAAAUAUAUUUUAUAUUUGAGAUUCUUCAAAUAGCCACCCUUUGCCUUGGACAGGCCGCGACCGGGAGACUCAUGGGCGGCGCACAAUUGGCCCAGCGUUGUCCAGGGUAGGGGAGGGAAUGGCCGGCAGGGAUGUAGCUCAGUUGAUAGAGCAUGGUGUUUGCAACACCAGGGUUGUGGGUUUGAUUCCCACGGGGGGCCAGUAUAAAAAAAAAAUGUAUUCACUAACUGUAAGUCGCUCUGGAUAAGAGCGUCUGCUAAAUGACUAAAAUGUAAAUGUAAAUGACAGCUUUGCACACUCUGGCAUUCUCUCAACCAGCUUCAUCUGGAAUGCUUUUCCAACAGUCUUUACGGCGUUCCCACAUAUGCUGAGCACUUGUUUGGCGGCUUUUCCUUCACUCUGCCGUCUGACUCAUCCCAAACCAUCUACAUUGGGAUGAGGUCGGGGGAUUGUGGAGCCCAGGUCAUCUGAUGCAGCACUCCAUCACUCUCCUUCUUGGACAAAUAGCCCUUACACAGCCUGGAGGUGUGUUGGGUCAUUGUCCUGUUGAAAAACAAAUGAUAGUCCCACAAGCCCAAACCAGAUGGGAUGGUGUAUCGCUGCAGAAUGCUGUGGUAGCCAUGCUGGUUAAGUGUGCCUUGAAUUCUAAAUAAAUCACAGACAGUGUCACCAGCAAAGAACCCCCACACCAUAACACCUCCUCCUCCAUGUUUUACGGUGGGAACUACACAUGCAGAGAUCAUCCGUUCACCCACACCGCGUCUCACAAAGACACGGCGGUUGGAACCAAAAAUCUCAAAUUUGGACUCCAGACCAAAGGACACAUUUCCAUCGGUCUAAUGUCCAUUGCUCGUGUUUCUUGGCCCAAGCAGGUCUCUUCAUGUUAUUGGUGUCCUUUAGUGGUGGUUUAUUUGCAGCAUUUCAACCAUGCAGCCUAAUUCACACAGUCCCAUCUGAACAGUUGAUGUUGAGAUGUGUCUGUCACUCCCAAAUAAAUUGAAUAAUUUAUUUGGGAUGCAAUUUCUGAGGCUGGUAACUCUAAUGAACUUAUCCUCUGCAGCAGAGGUAAAUCUGGGUCUUCCAUUCCUGUGGCGGUCCUCAUGAGAGCCCGUUUCAUCAUAGCGCUUGAUGGUUUUUGCGACUGCACUUUCAAAGAUCUUGAAAUAUUCCGUACUGACUGACCUUCAUGUCUUAAAGUAAUGAUGGACUGUCGUUUCUCUCUGCUUAUUGAAGCUGUUCUUGACAUAAUAUGGACUUGGUCUUUUACCAAAUAGGGCUAUCUUCUGUAUACCACCCCUACCUUGUCACAACACAACUGAUUGGCUCAAACGCAUUAAGAAGGAAAGAAAUUCCACAAAUUAACUUUUAAGAAGGCACACCUGUUAAUUGAAAUGCAUUCCAGGUGACUACCUCAUGAAGGUAGUUGAGAGAAUACCAAGAGUGUGCAAAGCUGUCAUCAAGGCAAAGGGUGGCAUAUUUUUAAACUAUUUGCACAUCAUUAGAACACUGUACAGUGCCUUGCAAAAGUAUUCAUCGACCUUGGCGUUUUUCCUAUUUUGUUGCAUUACAACCAGUCAUUUAAAUUGAUUUUUAUUUGGAUUUCAUGUAAUGGACAUACACAAAAUAGUCCAAAUUGGUGAAGUGAAAUGAAAAAAUAACUUGUUUCAAAAAAUUUGAACAAAUAAAUAACGGAAAGCGGUGUGGUGCAUAUGUAUUCACCCCCUUUGCUAUAAAGCCCCUAAAUAAGAUCUGGUGCAACCAAUUACCUUCAGAAGUCACAUAAUUAGUUAAAUACAGUUCACCUGUGUGCAAUCUAAGUGUCACAUGAUCUCAGUAUAUAUACACCUGUUCUGAAAGACCCCAGUCCGCAACACCACUAAGGAAGGGGCACCACCAAGCAAGCGGCACCAUGAAGACCAAGGAGCUCUCCAAACAGGUCAGGGACAAAGUUGUGGAGAAGUACAGAUCAGUUUUGGGUUAUAAAAAUAUCAGAAACUUUGAACAUCCCACGGAGCACCAUUAAAUCCAUUAUUAAAAAAUGGAAAGAAUAUGGCACCCCCAACAAACCUGUCAAGAGAGGGCUGGCCAUCAAAAACCCACAGACCUGGCAAGGAGGGCAUUGAUCAGAGAGGCAACAAGGAGACCAAAGAUAACCCUGAAGGAGCUGCAAAGCUCCACAGCGGAGAUUGAUGUAUCUGUCCAUAGGACCACUUUAAGCGAUACACUCCACAGAGCUGGGCUUUACGGAAGAGUGGCCUGAAAAAAAACCAUUGCUUAAAGAAAACAAUAAGCAAACACGUUUUGGUGUUCGCCAAAAGGCAUGUGGGAGACUCCCCAAACAACAAUGGAACAAUGUACUCUGGUCAGAUUAGACAAAAAUUGAGCUUUUUGGCCAUCAUGAAAACACUAUGUCUGGUGCAAACCCAACACCUCUCAUCACCCCGAGAACACCAUCCCCACAGUGAAGCAUGGUGGUGGCAGCAUCAUGCUGUGGGGAUGGGAAACUGGUCAGAAUGGAAGGAAUGAUGCAUGGCACUAAAUACAGGGAAAUUCUUGAGGGAAACCUGUUUCAGGUAUCCUGAGAUUUGAGACUGGGACGGAAGUUCACCUUCCAGCAGGACAAUGACCCUAAGCAUACUGCUAAAGCAACACUCGAUUGGUUUAAAGGGAAACAUUGAAAUCUCAAAGCGCAGACCUCAAUCCAGUUGAGAAUAUGUGGUAUGACUUAAAGAUUGCUAUACACCAGCGGAACCCAUCCAACUUGAAGGAGCUGGAUUAGUUUUGCCUUGAAGAAUGGGCAAAGAUCCCAGUGGCUAGAUGUGCUAAGCUUAUAGAGACAUACUCUAAGAGACUUGCAGCUGUAAUUGCUACAAAUAAUUGACUUUGGGUGGGUGAAUAGUUAUGCACACUCACGUUUUCUUUUUUUGGGUCUUAUUUCUUGUUUGUUUCAAAUAAAAAACAUUUUGCAUCUUCAAAGUGGUAUGUAAAUCAAAUGAUAUUUUAAUUCCAGGUUGUAAGGCAACAAAUAGGAAAAAUGCAUUUCGCAUGCCACUGUAUAGGAACUGAAGUUACUUUUUUUCUUUUGCAAUAGCACAGAACAGGAUGUAGACCAAUUAUACUGUGUAUGAAAGAUUAAAAAGACUACAUAUCCAUUAUGGACCCUGCCAUAACAUUAUUGUGGUCCUUUGUAGCUCAAUUGGUAGAGCACGGCGCUUGUAACGCCAGGGUAGUGGGUUCGAUCCCCGGGACCACCCAUAUGUAAAAAUGUAUGCACACAUGACUGUAAGUCGCUUUGGAUAAAAGCGUCUGCUAAAUGGCAUAUUAUUAUUAUUAUUAUUAUUAUUAUUAUUAUUAUUAUUAUAUUAUUUGAAGAAUCUCAAAUAUAAAAUAUUUUGAUUUGUUUAACACUUUUGGUUACUACAUGAUUACAUAUGUGUUAUUUCAUAGUUUUGAUGUCUUCACUAUUAUUCUACAAUGUAAAAAAUAGUAAAAAUUAAGAAAAACCCUUGAAUGAGUAGGUGUGUCCAAACUUUUGACUGGUAGUGUAUGUGGCUCCCUCUUUUCAUGCUUCACACGAGUCCAUAGCCUGAAAUAUAUCAUUUUUGAAAUCUCUGCCCUUCUCCUUUUCUGUCUCUCUUUACCUGACCAAUCUUUCCCUCCUUCACCCUCCAGAUGUUUGGGCUGUACAAAGGCAUCGGCUCCCCCAUGAUGGGCCUAACCUUCAUCAACGCCAUAGUGUUUGGAGUGCAGGGCAACGCUAUGCGUUACCUGGGCCAUGACACCCCUAUGAACCAGUUCCUGGCCGGGGCCGCAGCCGGAGCCAUCCAGUGUGUCAUCUGUUGCCCAAUGGAGCUGGCCAAGACACGCAUGCAGAUGCAAGGUAGGGAUUUACAUUUACAUUUUAGUUAUUUAGCAGACGCUCUUAUCCAGAGCGACUUACAGUUAGUGAGUGCAUACAUUUUCAAAAUAAUUGGCUUUUAAUGCUGCGUUCAAAACAAGUAGGAACUCGGAAAUCUCAGACUUCAGUGCGUUCAAGACAACUGGGAACUCCGACAGGGAAAAAUAGUUUUGAACGCUCAUCCAAAUCGGAAUUCCAAGCCGGAAACACUGGCAUCUUUCUAGAGCUCCGACGUUCCGACCUGGAGGUAUUAUCACUGACGCCAUAAUUUGUUUUUUUUCUGAGUUCCCAGUUGUCUUGAAAGCACCAUUUUAAUACUAGGAAAGGAGUGGAGAUAACAACUAUUCUCUCCAACUGCUUAAAAUGGUCUGAAUUAGAAAAUGGUGCUCUUCUUUACACGUGUCAUGGUGCAGUAUAAACCAGGUCAUCUGACCACUAGAUGUCCUCGUAUACCCAUGCAGGUAAUAAAUGCACAUGCGUAUUUCAAUUGAAGUUGCUAUAUGUUAUCAGGAAAGUCAUGAACAAGUAUUAGAAAUGUUUUGACAACCUUGGGGAUCAAUGUUGAUAAUUCGAUAUGAUAUUGAUUUGAGUGAGGUACGUUGUGAUAUUGUUUUUUGUAAAAACUACACCGUUAUUGCAAGCAUGCAACACUGCCUUAGGAGUGUGCCAUAUCAUGAUUUGAUGAGGAAUUUGUUACUUUAAUAUAACAAAAACUGUUGUCAACACUUGCAAGAAUACUUUACUGGGCAAAAGUGUUCCAUGUUCCAUACAUACACAUUCAUUGGUUUCCUCAGUAUUUGGUGGUGGAGCAACCUAGCUAACAAGCCAAGCUAGCUAACUAGCCAGCAAGUUAAACAAUUUGUGGAUUGUACUCUGCCAUAUCAAGCUAGCCACUUACCUACCUCCUUAGCAAAUAAUAGUUUCUAAGAAGCGCAUUCUGUGUAGUUGAUGUUUGUGCAGAUGUUUGUGUUCUAGUUAGCAAACGUUUGUAGCUAGCGGGCACACUUUUAUGUCAUUUUAGCUUAUCUGAGCUAGCUAGCAUAAUGUACUCUGUGCACUGCCCCUACACUGUUGGAAAACGUGUACCAUAGACUGAUGUGUUGUUCAGCAACAAAACCGAUACGUGCACAACUUUGGGGCAAAACAGAGGGGGUUGCCUUAGAAUCAAAGGAUUAUUAACAACAUGUAACCUAUAUUGUAAACUAUAAAACAAUACGCACUAGUUUUUUCUCUAGUAGAUAGUUACAGGUGUUGGUUAGCUAGCUAGCACAUUUUUUUCCAUAUUAGCAUUGAUGUGACAUAAGUAAAAACACCUAAAAACAAGACAUGGUAUCAAGAACAAGAUACAACUAGCUGAAACAUGCCACCUACAAUUCUCCACAUGGCCACUUCUUGUCAUUGUUGCUAGCUAUCUGAUCGUUCAGAAUCAUAACAACACACUGCCUUUUGCCUCUGCGAUGCGCACGCAUCAUUUUGGUGAUGUUGUCAACCCACCUGUCUAUAGCAUCAGUUUAAUGGGUUCACCAAUGGCAUUAACUUCAUUAAAACGUUUUAAAAACAUGUAUGGCCACCUAUUUCAUGUUUCUCCAAAAGUCAACCUUUCCAUAUUGGUUCCCAUCACUAGUAUUUAUAGUUCUACUGUGUUACUAAGGCACUGGGGAGAAGAAGUCCAAGAGGAAGCUGUACAAGAACUCCCUGGACUGCCUGGCCAGUAUCUACAAGUGGGAGGGGCUGCUGGGGGUGAACCGCGGCAUGGUCACCACGCUGAUCCGAGAGACCCCCUGCUUUGGAGUCUACUUCCUGACCUACGACUUUCUGACCCGCUCCAUUGGCUGCGAGCCCGGCGAACCUUACAUGAUCCCCAAGCUGCUAUUUGCCGGCGGGAUGUCCGGGGUCACCUGCUGGCUGUCCACCUAUCCUGUGGACGUGAUUAAGUCCCGCCUCCAGGCGGACGGGAUGGGCGGAGUCUACCAGUACAGCAGCAUCGCUGACUGCGUGCGGCAGAGUGUGAGAAGGGAGGGGCUCAGAGUGUUCACACGAGGUCUCACCUCCACCCUGCUCAGGGCAUUUCCCGUCAACGCUGCCACCUUCGCCACCGUCACGCUGGUGCUGCUGUACGCACGGGGAGUGGAAGAGGGGCCCACAAACUGUGAGCCAGAGCCCCCCGACACAGCUCACCAUACACAGCUACCGCAGCAGACCCAGGCCUCCAGCCUGUGACCUGAGUCUGGAGGUGUUACCCCCAACUGAGCUGCUCUACUGUGGG